UUGGCUUCCCGACGCUCUCGCCGCGCGUCUUUGCCGGCUCUCAGUCCUGUCGCUAUGGUGAAGCUGAGCAAGGAGGCCAAGCAAAGGCUGCAGCAGCUCUUCAAGGGCGGCCAGUUUGCCAUCCGCUGGGGCUUCAUCCCGCUCGUGAUUUACCUGGGAUUUAAGAGGGGUGCAGACCCUGGAAUGCCUGAACCAACUCUUUUGAGCCUGCUUUGGGGCUGAAGGGCCGUGUGGUCACCUGGGCUUGGAAGCCGUCCAUGGCUGCGAAAGCAUGGACCGUGUGCACUCCGGCUGGAAUAAGAAGGAGGACGUCGCCGAGACAGUCACUGCUUGGACGGCACAGGGCUCUUCACUGGGGCAUCUGUAACAGACUGUGAUUUAUGAUGUCAGAAUGUACCAGAAUAAAUAUUUCUAGCAAUC